UGAAAUAGUAUUAGCUAAAUCCAGAAAAGAAAACUCAAAUUUUCCAAAAGCAAAAAUUCAUUAAAAAUUUAAAGACAAAAUUCAUUAAAAAUAAUUUUAAAACUGAUAUUCAUUUUCAAUUUGGUGUUAAGUGUAAAAAAAAUACAUAAUUUUGUUUAUGGAAAUAAAUACAUUAAUGUAUUGUUGACAUUAUGUAAAUUUCUUAAGAUACGUUUCCAUUUGUGGUGCAAAAUAGCGAACAUACAUUAAUGUAUUUGGAGAUUUUGUAAUCUCUUUAAGAUAUCUUUCUAUAUAAGGUGAAAAAUAACGAAGAUGAGAAAACACAUGGCACAAUUGUAUCCUUAAGGUGAUAAAUUUUGUGUAUAUAAAAAGACUUGAAACUCGUUAAAACGAUAACAAGGAUAAGAUAUGGAGGCUGAAUCUACUAGUUCUGGACAUCGACGACAGAAACGUCCACGGCAGAGGAGAUCGUCGGAGGUGAUCAGUUAUGAGAACAGCGUUGCAAAUCUGUCAAAGGAAGGUAAAGAGACGUUGAUGAUUGUGAGUCGCAGAAGGCAACUGAAUAAAAUCCCAAAUACGUCUUGUACUGUGUUUGAUAAUACGUGUCCUCGUUACAACUGGCUUCGUUCUGGUUGGAUCGCUGAGGAGCGUCUUAAGCCCCAUGACCGACUUUACCGGUAUUUUUACGAUCCUUUAGGGCAAAUGUAUGGUACUCGGGGAGAAGUGGAUCAAAUCUAUGCAGAUAUUGAAAAAUCGCGCGCAAUAGUCGUUUUCGACAAGUAAUCUAUUUUGUAGACUUAAGUUGUUGUGAAUUGAUGAAUUUAUGGCCAUAUUAUGUAAACGGCCAAAAUUUUCAAAUCCAGAUUAUUUUAGAUAAAACAAAUUAUGUAUUUUUUUUUUGUAUGAAAAUCAAUCAAGGAU